AUAUUUUAUAAAAUGUCUAAUGGUUAUGAAGAUCACAUGGCUGAAGAUUGCAGGGAUGAUAUUGGUAGAACAAAUUUAAUCGUGAACUACCUCCCUCAGAACAUGACGCAAGAUGAGUUACGGAGUCUAUUUAGCAGCAUCGGCGAAGUUGAAUCUGCAAAGCUUAUUCGGGACAAAGUUGCAGGACACAGCUUAGGCUAUGGCUUUGUGAACUACGUUACUGCAAAAGAUGCUGAAAGAGCAAUAAACACACUGAAUGGCCUCAGACUUCAGUCAAAAACUAUCAAGGUUUCCUAUGCUCGUCCAAGUUCUGAAGUUAUCAAAGAUGCGAAUUUAUAUAUUAGUGGACUACCCAGGUCAAUGACACAAAAAGAUGUAGAAGAUAUGUUUUCACGUUUUGGACGCAUCAUCAACUCACGUGUGCUUGUGGAUCAAACUACAGGUUUGUCCAGAGGGGUCGCAUUUAUCCGGUUUGACAAAAGGUCAGAAGCAGAAGAGGCAAUUACAAAUUUCAAUGGUCACAAACCCCCAGGUUCCUCCGAGCCUAUUACAGUGAAGUUUGCAGCCAAUCCUAACCAGAACAAAAAUGUGGCACUGUUGUCGCAGCUGUGUCAUUCACCAGCUAGACGGUUUGGAGGGCCAGUGCAUCACCAGGCGCAGAGAUUCAGGUCAGCAGAGAAUCAGGAACUGCCACCGCCAUGCUCUUGGCAGAGAGCAGCACGGGUACCGCUUUUAAGUGGUUUGCAAAUCACCAGUGGUACACCACAGUUUGGGAACCCCUGGUUCUCUCCUAUGGGUGUAGAUCACAUGAGUGGGCUUUCUGGUGUAAAUGUUCCAGGAAACGCAUCUUCUGGCUGGUGUAUCUUCAUCUACAACCUUGGUCAAGAUGCUGAUGAGGGAAUCCUCUGGCAGAUGUUUGGCCCCUUUGGUGCGGUUACCAAUGUGAAAGUUAUUCGAGAUUUCAACACCAACAAGUGCAAAGGUUUUGGUUUUGUGACCAUGACAAACUAUGAAGAAGCUGCAAUGGCCAUAGCAAGUCUUAAUGGCUACCGCCUGGGGGACAAAAUCUUACAGGUUUCCUUCAAAACCAACAAGUCCCACAAAUAACUUGCUCGUGCUUUUUGUAUGGAAUAGAUAAUUGAGUGACAGAAGUUGAAACAUUUUUGUUAGUGUAAAACUCAUUUUGCGCCAAUUUUCACAAGUGUUUGUCUUAGUCUAAAUGAGAAGUGAAAAAGGUUUUAUAUUCUGGGAUGCAACUGACAUGUUCAAAUGUUUGAAAUCCCACAAUGUCAGACCAAUUUUAAGUUCCUUUAAGUUAUUUCAUUUAAAACAUGUUAAAAAUCCCCUGAAAUCUUAAGUAGAUUGCAUUAACUAGACCCUCUGGAUGGUGGUAAAAUUGAAGCAUGCUUUCACUUAUGAGACUAACAUUUGUUCAAUUGAAUGUUGUCUGCAAAAACUGGAAUUUUCUGAAAAAUAUCAGGCUGAAUUCAUUAAUUUUCUUGUUUAUUUUUUUUCUUAUGUUGUUGUUUUUUUCCUACCCAUUCCCCUGACCUCUACCCCAGACAUGGUAGUGUGGAAGAAAAGUGGAGAAAUACUAAUGUUUUAGUUGCCAGUAAAUUGUUUGAUGGAUUAAUAUGCAUUACUACGUGUAUGUAGUUGAGGAUGAGGCUCUCUAAAGUCAAGGUCUUGUAAGUAGUAGCAUGCCCGCCUAACUUUUAACACCAUUGAUGAGGUAAGUUGCGCACUGAGCAGUGGCUGAGCUGGCAAAUUCAAAGGUUUUUAGAAACAUGACUUUUAAAGCCCACUCGCUGAUAGGAACGGACCAAAGAGUUUCAAAGAAACUCCGGGAAGAUUUCAGAGUCAAAAAUGAAACUCCAAAAAAAGAGAGUGUGAAUAUAUGUUGCUACUUUAUCAAACUGAAUCUCUUCUGUCCAAAUAUUUAAUGCAUGGUGCACUACUUACUGGUACAUUAUAAUGCAGCCAGAUACUUACUCAUUUUCAAAGAUCAUUAUAGUUUGAAUUCCUUCAGUAGUUCUAUUUUGUAAAGAAAAAAAAACAGUUAUAAACAUUUGAGCAUUGUAUUUCUCGCAUCCCUUCUAAUGAGUGCUAGAUUUUUCUAUUUUAAUAGGAUUUUGUUUUGACGACUAGCUUUACUUAUUGAACACUCAGCAGAAAAGUACUUACUACUUGCAAGUUAGAUAUUAACAAAAAACCCCCUUUGAUUUGUAGAUCUAAAGAUUAAUCCCCCAAGUUUUCUGCAGACUGCCUUGAAACUUUGAGUUGUUCUGUUUCUGUUAAUUUUCUUUUGCUUUUUUGUGUUUUUUGUUUGUUUUUACUUUUGCAUUUAAGAACAUUAAAUUUGAUUUUGUUUUGCUCAAAUUUUGUUUUGUUUUUUAUUUUCUGUUAUUUUUUUGCUAAGUAUUGCACAAAGUGUCCAGCUUUCAAAGAGCGUUGUUUUAAAGAACUCUAGUUCCUCUUUAAGAGUUUUAAGCUACUCCUUUGCCAGAUGAGUCGUCAGACAAGAGCCCUACGAGGAAGGUGGCGCAGAGUCUGGUGUGACCCUGCAGGUGUUCUGUGGUAGGAGACCUGGAGAGGGUUGCUCUGGCAGGUACAGGCUGCGUGAGGCUGCUCUGCACGACCAGAGACUUGCCCUGGGCAACCUUCAGCUCUAGUUCAGUUGCCAGAAGGUAGAGCCCCCGGGGAAAAUGUGGAGAGCGGCAGUUUUAUUCCAGCGUCUCCUUUUUUGGUGUGAACCUCCACCAGUCCCAGAGUCUUAUUUUCAAAUCCCAUGCCUCCUGCUCAUAUUGCUCCGUAUCUUGCUGGCCUUGCCUUGUCUUUGCAAUCAUUUCUCCUCCACCUGCAGCCUGAAAUCUGCUUCUGCCCGAGGCCGAAGAGUGGCCGAACCAGCUGCCCCCCUCCAUCUCAGUCUGGGGCAGACAGGCAGAGGCACAGCGAGCAGCCCCCGCUCUUCCUGAGCUCCUGUGCAGCCAGUGGAAGUGGGGUUUUUGCCAUUAAUACCUUCAGCCCCACCGUUACUGCCAGUCCUGUUCCCUCCUUUGGAGAAGCUUGAGGGUCUGUGAAACAGUGGCUGUGACAAAGCAACCAACUUACUCCCACCCCCAGAACGUGCUUUCCAGCUGGCUGGUCCAGUGUCUCUUCCAGGUGUUUCCACCCGUUCCCAUCAUCUGUCACUUCAAGGAAUACUUUUCUGUGUAGGAGGAGAGGUUCAGAAGCAUUUGAGGAAUUUCUCCCAAGUUAAACUGCGCAGCGUAGAGACCCGUAGAGUGGCCCGACCUCGUACCCUGUUCCACCGCAGCGGGUCUGCAGUCAUUUCCAGUUCCCUGUCGUUCCCUCUUGCCUUAUUUCAUAUAAGAUUAAUUUUUAUACUGAAUGGGCAUUGCUGUUUUAUCACAGCAUUUAAGUGGAGGGUUCAGACAUUCAAUGAAUGACACCCUAAAUAGGACUUUGCAUCCGUGGUCAUUCCCGGGGUGCUGGCCACUGCGGCUGUACCAGCAGCACAUGCUGGGAGAUCACUGGUGCUCUUGGUUGUUUUAUUAAAAAAAAAAAAAAAAAAUUCUCUUCUUGGAGGCUUUUUGGUGUCACUGUCAUCUGACUGCUUCCCUGUUUUUCCAUCUCUCGUUCUUUGCUAAAUAAGAAGGGAACACAGGAUAGUGUUUCAGUAGUGGUAUUAAAACAUCUCUUUUGGGAAAAAUCUGAGCCCAGCUUCCUUUGAUAGUUGCUCUGAAAACAGCUACUGGGCAAUUUAUGUGAGUAAAGCCCAGGGCAGGAAAAGAGGAAAAAAAAAUGCAACUGAAAUAUCAAGAGUGUGGUGUGUGGUCUGCACCACUUUAACCGUCAAUAAAUACUUGGCAUAAAUACCUGACCUCAAGAAAAAAUUGUGUAUGAAUUCUUGAUGCUCCUAAACAGUAACCCAUGCAUCCUGCUGGUAAAGACCAAAUGGAAACUUCUGGAAGGAGAAGCUAAAUUCUAACAAGAAGUAACAUGCCAGCAGUUUAUCCACCCAAGAGGUGGGAGCAGCUGAGGUCCUUACCACGACCCCCCUAAACCCUCCCUGGUGGCUCUUGUUUCAAGAGAGGUUUUGGCCUCUGAACCCUCAGAUGGUUCCGGAAAGCUGUGGGUAUGUUCUGCUUUUUUUAUCCUUUAGUUUGAUGAAAUAUAGAUGUUUUUUUCAGGUGACACUUCUGUCUCAGUCACUGCUUCCGAGGUCUGUGUGAAACCAAUGGCCGGUCUCAAACCAGAGGGCUGUUGCGUAUCCCAUGGGAUGCAGUGGGCCCAGUCAUGCAGCGAUACUGGGAGGUCUCAGAUGCUGGAUUAGGACACAGGGAUCAGAUUUUAAAGACCUGGAUUCAAUGGUCUGUACUGGAGAUGUACUACAGGGAACAGCCAUGAUGGGAAUGUUUUGGGGUCCUUUAGGUUGAAGCCUCACAGGACACCCCCAGGCACCUGCUUCCGAAGGACCGGGUGUCAUUCCUGGUGCAGGCACAUCCUUGUGGCCGUGCUGCCGCGGAGGCUCGUGCCUGGAGAUGUCAGAGGGAAUUCCCAUGUCUCAGGGAUCAGGGCUUUUUGUGCCGAAGUUUCUGAAGGGAUUGAUCUGGCUUGUGUCAACCCGCAAUUUGGGUGACACCGUUUCCUUCUUACGCUUAUUUGAUCAGGCAGGUAAAUACGGUGCCCAAAUGAGAAGUUUAUCUGCCUGUAUUUAAUAAAAAAAAGGAGAGAGAAGGUUUAGAAGGCUUUUCCAUCACUCUCCUCAUGGUGAGGGGAGCGAGCCCCAGAGCUGGCAGUGGGGAAUCCAGAGAGCAGGGAGGCUGUUGUCGGGCUUCAGCUGGGCUCUGUUUGCAGAGGGACCCCUUCGUGUCCAAAACUCACUUUGCUUUCACGAGGAGAGAACUCGUCUGUCUGGGAACGCUGGGCAGAACUGGCCUCUGCUGCUGUAGCCGUUCCCAGCCAGGAGUCACUGGGGCUGUCCCUUUGCUGGCCACAGGCCACCUCCUGUGGAAGGUCAUCUGCAGAGGGGACACCUGGAGCCCUGGCUGCUGCGGGAUGAAGGGCUGUGCCAGGGCAGGGGCACGCGCUGGGGCUGGGAGAGCCCUUGGGGCUUGGAAUGGGAAGCAGUUUUAUCUUUUUCAGGGAAAUACUAUCAGCUGUUGAAUGUCCGCUGUAAUUUUAAUUAUUGCUUUGUCACUUUUAGCUUUAGAAUCACUUUGUUUUCACUUGGCGUUUCUUUUGAAAGGGAAGCUCUGCUGCCCUUACUUUGGUACCUAUCCUUUUCUUGACUUUUUUUCAAGUGCUGGUUGUGUCUGGCACUUCCAUGAAGGCUCUUCCCAGGCUGCUGAACACGCUUGUUACGGGGCUGCUUCCAAAACUGCGCAUGAGCAGGCUUCAUUCUUUGCAAGACUGUGGAGUUUCACUCUAAAAAUGAGACAGUGCUUAGUUAAGAGGAAGCCCGUCCUGCCUGUGGUUGAAGACCACCUCCCACUUUCUCUGAAGAUGUUCUGAGCUCUAGCUGUGUUGUACAGAAUUAUUAAAAAAAAAAAAAAAUUAAAAAAAAUCAGGUUUUCUUAGUAUGUAAAAAAAAACAACUGAGUUUUGUCAAAAUUAAAAUUCCUUGAAGGCUUUAUUCAGACUUGGUUUUUUCCAGUCUGUUGAUUUAUUAGUAAGUUUUUAUUCCUGCUCAGUAACUUACAUUUGCUUCGCAGAUCUCCACUAUGAAUGGAAUUCACCCCCGUGCAGAAAGCUAGCCACAAGCCUAGGAACAGUGUAAACCCUCUGUUAACCAUUGGCAGGCAGGGAAAUGUCCCAGUGAAUAGCGCAGAGGGAGCUCUGAGGUUGCUGUGUGCUUGGGCUGGGCUGGCAGAGGCAAGGACAGGUCCUGCAGAGGAGGGGAUCCCUGCGUCCCCGAAGCUCUAAACACGAGCAGGAUGGAAGCGUAGUGUGGGCAGUUCUCUUGUGAUCCCAUUCUAGGCAGUGUCUGCCGAAUAAAGUGUUGAAUUUAUUUUGCUCUUCAAGCCACGUCACCAUAAAGUCUGGUUCACUGGAGGCGCUGAGCUCCGCUCCUGCCCGGCGCUGGGGCUGGAGCACCCAUCUCUUAGGGUGGGAGGAGAAGGCAGGAGCCACCCACUGUCCAGAGCAGCCCCGUAGUGGUGUGUCUCACACAUCUUUUUCCUUCCCUCUGGUUGGAUUUUUUCAGUACAUCUGUGUCACGAGAGCAUGAAAGCACUGACCAUUGAGAGCACACGAGUCCCUGCAGUGGGAUAAACGUGUCACUGGGGUGAGUGGGUCAGGUCGUGGUCACCUCCCUUCGGCCGGGUGACCAGAGGGUGUCACCAUGGAGAGGACACCUGGUUUUGUAGGGACAUUGAACCUUGUAGUAAUGUUGUUUAUACAAAGCAACCAAAAGUCUUUAAAAGAAAAGAAAAAAAAAAAAAAAGAAUGGCAGAGCUACAUUUCUAGAGGGAAUGUUGAGCAGUUGAAACCAAAACGAUGAAGUAACUGUAAAGGUGAUCCCUUAUUCUGAAUGUUCCGUUUUGGAAAUAAAUAGUCCCCAAGGUCCUUAAACAUUUAUUAUAAUUUUAUGUUGCUUUAAUGUUCUGGGUAAGGUCAAUAAAGUAGAGAUUCCUCAAAUA